GAGAACGAGUGGUCCCAUAAGGCGAGCAAAAGGAGGUUGGACACCAAAUGAAGAUGAGACUCUUAAACAUGCCGUUGAAUUACACAAAGCAAGGAAUUGGAAGAAAAUAGCUGAAUCUGUUCCGGGUAGGACUGAAGUGCAAUGCCUUCAUCGUUGGCAAAAGGUUCUUAAUCCGGAACUUAUCAAAGGUCCAUGGACUCCAGAGGAAGAUAACAUCAUCAUUGAACUUGUUGCUAAGUAUGGGCCUACAAAAUGGUCUGUAAUUGCAGGAUCUCUUCCUGGGAGAAUUGGAAAACAAUGCAGAGAGAGGUGGCAUAAUCAUUUAAACCCAGAGAUAAGGAAAGAUGCUUGGACUUCUGAGGAGGAGAUGGAGCUUAUGAAAGCCCACCUUCAAUAUGGGAAUAAGUGGGCCGAAAUUGCGAAGAUGUUACCUGGAAGAUCCGACAACUCAAUUAAGAAUCACUGGAACAGUUCCUUAAGAAAAAGGUCUGAGGUCUAUGUGAAAACGGGUAAAUUUCCACCUGUCCAGAAGCCCGUCUUUCGGGCCGUUGCCAAGACCGAGACAAACUUUCGGAAUGUUGCCCAACCCAUGACAAACUUUCGGAAUGUUGCCCAACCCAUGACAAACUUUCGGAAUGUUACCAAAGCCAUAUCAAACACUGGUGAUAGGCAAUUAUUUCUUUGCUAUGAUAAAGAGUUCAAUAUAAGUAGCAAGACUGUAUUAGAAAAUUGUUUAACUAUUCCUUGUAGUCUGCCAUUGGAGACGCCUAAAGCAGAAAGCCAGAAGGAUGGGGUAUCUACACUAUCUUCACAAGUUUUAGAAUUAAAUGCCACAUUGGAUGUAGCAGCAAGACUAUCUGAUAAUUCUGAUGCCCGUGAUUGCCAAGCAAGGGCCUCCGAAAUCAAUCAUGUACAGAAUAUAUCUGAAUCAGCAGCAAGUUUAGAUUCCUGUAGAUUAAAUGGAGAAGUUCACCGGAAUGAGGAACCUUUGGAAACUGUACACUAUUCAGUUCCUGAUAACAUUGGCUCUCUCUGCUAUAAGCCACCUCAAUUAGAAGAUCUUGGUGCUGCUACCUUUACGUCUCUAUUUUUUGGAGACAGAUCAAUGCAACCAACAUCAGAUCAUGUGAUUAUUUCUUCGCCCAUUAGUCCUUCAACCCCUUCACCUACGAAUAUUCUGAAAGCUUGCCAACCAAGUGUCGAAUCCAUCUUAAAAAGUGCAGCUAGAAGUUUUCCAAACACUCCAUCCAUAAUAAAAAGGAGAAGAGAAGUGCAUAUACCUAUUCCUCCUGAAACUAUGCAUACAAAUGAAACCGGAAUACACGAAAGCUGUACUCCUAAAGAAGGAUCAAGUAGUAAACUAUCAAAAUUGUUUUCAAGUCCUCUUAACAUUUCUGGUGGUUCAUUAGAUUAUGGAAAGAAUUUAAAUUUUUCUCCAGUAUAUCAGCUACGGUCCAAGAGAAAGGCAGCUUUCAAAUCACUUGAGAAGCAACUUGAUUUUACCAUGGAAGAAGCAAAUUUAGAGAGCAAUACCAAAAUUUCAAGCUUGGCAGUUAACAAGAGCUCUUCUAGUCCUACAAAUAUGCAGUUUUUGAGCAUAUAGGGAAGGAAGCAAUGGAUACUCUUGCGGGUUUGAAAAGCAAGAUUUCUCACGUAAAGUUUUAUGUGAUCCAAUGCAGAAAUUGUUGAAUAAAGUUGAUGCAGAGUCAAUUAUGGAGGCAAACCAGUGUGUAACAUAAAGCCCCCAAAUAAGAUUUGAAAAGGAAUUGUUGUAUGAUGUCUUCCUAUCUCUGCAUUAUAAAGUUUUUUCGAGACUUAUUAUACCUGUGGAUCUAUCUCCAAAUCACAAUAUUAUGAAGACCACACAAGCUUCAAACCUCCCAACUUUCAACAUUUUUCGCUGAUGAUUUUUGCACCUUUAAUGUAUAUUUGUUGAACAAUAUAGAACAAACUGGAUGGCAGAAUUCUGCCUUCCAGUAUUUUUUGUGCAUGCAAUGUCUUGUACUUAACUGAAAAGAUAUUCAAAUUGGUGAAGGCUUAUGUCCAUUUAUCCUCCAUAGAAAAAGAGAAAGGUAUGCAUAUGGAGGAGAUCAAAUUUACAAUUGUAAAGAAACUGCUUUGUUCAUCUCUUUUUUCAGCAAUUCAAAUGCUAGUCAGUGAUCUGUUGCA